AUGGAUUUAUUAGCCGCCAAUGAUGAACCUAUUUUGACUCGUCAUCAGAAAUAUUGUACAUGGACUCCGCGAUUUACGUUAAAUGUAAACACCUUUCUCGUUCCUGAAAUUCCCUCAAAUUUUGUGAACGCCGGUGGUGAGGCUCCAGGAAAGACACGGUUUAUCACGAGGUUGUCUCCUAGAUACAACGUGUAUGAAGCGAAGGAGCAUAAUUACACAUGGAAAGUAAAUUACCAGACAUGGGCUCCAGAUUGCGUGCAGGUGAAUAUCAUCUCUAUAAAUGAACAAUACCCGGGGCCAACCAUCAGAGCCAGACAAGGGGACAAUAUUACCGUGAAGUUAGAAAACUUGAUGCCCACUGAAAACGUUGUUGUUCACUGGCAUGGCAUCCGACAGAACGGUACUCCCUGGGACGACGGAACGGCUUCCAUGUCGCAAUGCGCAAUCUAUUCAGGCGAUACCUACGUCUAUAACUUCACUGUGGACAGAGUAAGUUGGAGUCUUUUUCACCGGGGGCCGUACUUUUAUCACGGGCAUUAUGGUCUACAGCGGACAGCGGGGUUAUAUGGAAUGCUGAUAGUGGAUGCGGCGGGAAAAGAACCCUUCACCUACGAUGGUGAGCUGAGCAUCAUUUUAAGCGACUGGUGGCACAAGAGCACAUACGAACAGGCGGUGGGCCUCUCUUCCAAUCCAUUAGUAUGGGUUGGGGAGCCUCAGUCAUUGCUGAUAAAUGGCACAGGACAAUUUAACUGUUCAGCAACUAACAAGUACUGCAAUGCUACAAACACACAAUGCUCGCCUCUCGUCUCGCCGGUCCAACCUGGGAAGACAUAUCGUCUCCGUAUUGCAAGUGUGGCAUCUCUUGCAGCCCUCAACUUUGUGAUUCAGGGACACAACAUGACGGUUGUCGAGGCAGAUGGACAUUACGUAGAACCAGUGGAAGUAGACAACCUGGAUGUAUACUCUGGUGAAACGUAUUCUGUUCUCAUCACUGCAAACCAGGACCCUUCUCAAAACUACUGGGCCGGUGUGAACGUGAGAGGCAGAGACCCCAAGACUCCCACUGGACUGGCCGUACUGAACUAUCUUCCAGAUCUCCCAACCAAACUCCCCACCGGACCAUCUCCCACGAGUCCCCAGUGGAAUGACUACGCCUACAGCAAAGCUCUGGCUAAGAAAUUUGUGGCUCUCAAAGACCACGAAGAGCUUCCCCCACUACAGUCCGAUAGGCAGCUGAUCCUUCUCAACACGCACAACAAGAUCAAUGGAUACACAAAGUGGGCGAUCAACAACAUUUCGGUCGUGCCGCCUACAACUCCCUACUUAGCUGCCAUGAAAUACAAUAUCACGGGCGCCUAUGAUACCACCCCUCUUCCGGACGUUUACACUCCUCGUGACUACAACAUCACCAUUCCUCCGCCAAAUCACAAUGCCGUCGAAGGGAACGACGUGUACGUCUUCAAAUUGAACUCUGUUGUCGAUGUGAUUCUUCAGAAUGCGAAUACUCUGACUCCCACCAUCAACAACAGUUCAGAGAUACAUCCAUGGCAUAUGCACGGUCAUGAUUUCUGGAUUCUGGGAUAUGGAGAUGGCGUGUUUGACCCCGUAAACCACCCUCCAAAGUAUAACAUGGCCAACCCUCCACUCCGUAACACAGUGGCACUGUUUCCAUACGGAUGGACGGCAAUUCGGUUUAGAGCCGAUAAUCCAGGAGUAUGGCCCUUCCACUGCCAUUUGGAGGCCCACUUCUUCAUGGGGAUGGGAGUGAUGUUUGCAAAGGGAAUAGAUAAUGUAGGAGAGUUACCCACUACAGGGAUGGGGUGUGGCCUGACCAAGAAUUAUAUUCACAUGCACCACUAUCUCUCUACCUGGCUCGCAAGUUUUUCCAAAAUAAUGGCCAUCAAUUCCAUGAAUAAUAGAGAAAAGGGAAUUCACGUUUAUGGAAUAGCUCCUCCACUUGGGAUUCCCACUGCUAGGAUGACUAUAAAAUGGGCGUUACGCGGAGCGAGAAAGUGUCUAGCUUUAGAUUUUGGUCUUAAUAUUCACGGGGACAGGGUCGCAGGGACGCGUUUCCAGGAUGGGGGACCAAGGGCUUCAGUUUGGGGACGGCAGGGGGCGGGCGUGGGGGUUGGCGGGGUGGUGGUGUUCAUAUAG